AUGUCUACCAACAACGGUAUUUCCACAAUCCACGAUACCGCAACCAAUAAAGAUGUUCCCUUCAGUCGGCGAUUCCCAGCAGAUAUUGAGUCAAUGAUAUUCGAGGAAGCCUGUUAUAACGAACGUAUCGUAUGGAUACGUGAAUCGCGGUUUAAGGUCGCAAUCGAUAGCGGAUACUUAGAUCUCAGGUCACUCUCUCGCUUCCGAAGUAAUCAACCCGUCCCAGCCAUCAUGCACGUCAAUGCAAAUGCUCGAGAAAUAGCUUUACGGCAUUACAAAGCCGGCUUCGCCGCUCAAAAGGAUUUCAACAAGCUAGACCUACCAGAGAUAGAGAAUCAUCGCAUCUAUCUAAAUCCAACUUCUGAUAUUGUUUGGCCGGUAAAUUCAAUGAGUAGUCAUUUUGUGAAAAGCUUGAGAGAUUUAAAUGUAGAGACGAUUGCCAUAGACAUCUUCCCUACUCUUAAUAUUCUCAGAGGGGAACUCGCCGCAACUCAUUCACGACAAGUCAGAAAGAAUCAUGAUAAGGGCAACGAAGGAACCCGGCACAGAGGUUACCUGAAUGCCCAGAAUGGCUUUUCGAAAGAUCAGGCAACUGGCAGAGACCCAGGAACAAGUUCUUGCUUCAUUGGCGUUAGAACUAGUAGGGAGUUUGGAUAA